AUGGAUGUGGAGGAGAGAAUCUCUACUAAAAAGAAGAUGGAUUUGGAGGGUUUAUCAGUCAUCUGCAGCGAUCUCGGUGUCGUCGAGGAAGACGGCGAUAGAAGAAGAAUUGGGUACUCCAAAAGUGAUUACUGUCUCGACAAUCUGAAAGACUUGCUGAGAUUUUUGAGACGCGACGAUCCAGAGAGCAGGGAAGUUUUCAAGCAGGUCUGUGCGUGGAAUAUAGUCUCAAAAGAUUUGAUUCCGAUCAUUGAGCAUUACCAAGAUGAACAUAACUUAGUUCUAAACGCAGUUAAGGUGUUGGUGUUUCUCACAAUGCCUAUAGAGCCUGAUUCAGAUGAUGUUCCUCAGCAGAUUGAGUAUCUAUGGGGCUUGAAAUCUGCCAUUACUUUCAGUAACAUUGUUGCUGUGAUUGUUUCCUUGUUAGAAACCCCUCUCGAGAACUUAGAGUCAGAUGAAUUCAACGAGGAAGACUGGAAACUGGUUCAGCUUGUGCUCACUCUGUUCAGGAAUUUACUGGCUAUCCAUGACAUCUCCCCGAUUCAGAAGGCUGGAGAGUCCACUUGUUACUUUCUGUCGCUGAGGGAUCAGUUUCUUGAACUUCUGUCCCGUGAGAACGUGAUGGACAUAUUUCUAGUAAUCACUCAGACUAUUGAGGUUCGUAACAGUUUGCUGAGACAUGACAACCUGCUUCUGCUGGAGAUCUAUCACUAUAUUCUCCUGGGUCAAGAUAUGGAGCUCAUUGCAAAGGCUAAUGAGAAGUUGGAUCAAGGGAAAAAGGCUUCUGUUGAGAGCUUGAAGAAGUUAAUGGAAGAGGAGGGAGCCAAGAGGAAGCUUGCAAGACUCCACAAUAUGAAUCAGCAGCGUAAUUCACAAUUUGGUGGGACAUUCACUCGUGUUACAAUGGGUGGCACUAAAGCUGUACUAAAGGGAAUACCUUCUACUGAGGAGAGCACAAUGCUAAAGCCUCACAAAGGUCGUGGAGCCGCAGAAAAGAUUGUCUGGGAACAUGGACCAAUGUCCGUGACAAAUGACAAUGUUUUGAAGUUGCUACAUGAUUUCAUCAGUCAGUUUAUGUCAGGAGGAUAUAAUGUUCUGAUGAAGUCAGUCUGUGAAGAUAUAGAAAAGGAGCAUCUUCAAAAUAGCGACAUUGUUAUUUUCUUCCAAGUUGCUCAGGCCGUCACCUCAUUUCAGCUUCACAAGUCUUCGGCUUCUUAUCCAGGAAGAGGAACAGAAGAAACUUCUGAACCUUCUACCGACCAGAAUGCCGGAGGAAACUUCUCUAAGAGCGACAUUUGUGCUCCGGUUGCAGCAACGAUUAAUGACAGAAUGUUUUUGCUUGUCAUUUCAAAAUGGCGCAGUGCGUUUGAUGGUCUGAAGGAAACUAAAGAUUUUAAGUUUCUAUCUGCAGCAGGCUCUCUUGUGAAAACUAUGCUUUGCUUGUUAGAUCUGGUACUUAGAUUGCUACCUGAAGACUCUACAGAAGCUUCUACUGUCCGCAUUUUGCUUUAUAAGUUGUUUUACGAUCAAACUGAUCAAGGGAUGUGUCAGUUCAUCCUGAAUCUGGUGAAAAGUUUUGACACGCACAAGCAACCUAAAAGUGAGCUUGGAGACCUGGUCGAAAGCAUUCACACAAUAGUAGGCCUUAUGGAAAACCUUCAAGGUCGUGGAACUUUGAGGGUUUCAAAAAAAUCAAGGAAGGCAAGAAAGAAAAAAACCAUGAGAAAUAAAGAGGCCACAGUGCACGAACUAAAUGAAGAUCAUCCAGAAUCAAACGAAGCUAACACUGCAAAAGGCACACCGAUGGUUAAUUCAACAAUUUCAACUGAGGAUGGACCGAUGGAUGUGCCUGAAGCUGAUGAAACUCAUCAUACACACAGCCCUAAAUCAAAUCAUUUGGUUGAUGAUUUGUCUUGCGGCACUGACGAUUCUUCUGAUGGCGAAGAGCAAAAUGCAACAGAUGAAGUUGAUUUCAAGGUUUCAACAUUCAUUUCUGCUUUUGCAAACAACAGCAUCAUUCAAAACAUAUGCUGGUUGCUAAAGUUCUACAAAAGCAACCCAAAACAAACGAAUCACCACAUUGUAAGCAUCUUGCGGAGAAUUACAGAAGAACUGGAACUAUCUCCCAUGUUGUAUCAGCUGUCUCUGCUAAUAACAUUCCAUAAGAUCCUUGAUGAGCAGAAAGCUUGUCCUUGUAAAGACUAUGAAAACAUAGUGACCUUCCUGACAGAUCUGGUUAGGAAUAUGUUGAAGAAAAUGAAGUCACAGCCUCUACUCUUUGUGGAAAUUCUCUUCCCAAAGAGUCGAAAAGAAUGCCAUUACAUAAAUGCUGAGUACAUGUUGCAUGAGCUUGGCCAUCUGAGGAAACAAAUGGGAAAUCAAGAGAAGGUCUCAGGAACGGAGGAAACUGAUUGGCCAUCGGACAAAGGAUGGGCCCCCAGAAACCUAGCAGAUGCUCUAGGUGAUGAUGAAGCUGAUGUGGUGAUAUCUUAUGAUCGAGGAUUUCAAAAGUACCAAAGUGAGGACGAGGACGAUGACGAUAACGAUAACUUCGUGGAAAAAGAAUCUGCAGGACCAUCUAAAAGAAAACGAAGACUUGUUUUAGAUACUGAUACGGAGAUAAAAAUUAAAGAGCUUUAUGAAACGUUCAAAGAUGAUAAAGAUUGCAGCCGGCUUAUUGCCGAAACUUUGGACCCUGAUGGUGGAAUUUCUGCGGCACAAGUAACCAACAAGCUUAAACAGCUAGGUCUAGAAAAAAGGAAAAGGCAUCGGCGUGGUGAUAGCUCUCUGGAAGCAAGUGGCGGCAAAAAUGGAAAUGAUGAUCUAGAUCACGUUGAGGCAGCAUCAGAUCAGCAACCUUCGAACACAAGAAAAAGAGUGAGUUCUUUUAGCAAAGAACAAGAAACGCUUAUUAAGGAACUUUACGAGAAGUUCAAGGACCAAAGACGCUGCUCUUAUUUGAUUGCCAAUGAAUUGGGCUCUGAAAACACAUUCACCACUGCUCAAGUUUCACGUAAACUAAAGCAACUUGGCCUUCCUCUCCCUCUUGGUAAGAAAUAUAAAGCUGGCAUGAUGCUGAGAGAUGACCAUGAUGAUUCCUCACAAGAUGACUCUGACAACGAAACAUUAUCAGCAUUCAAGAAGAGGAAGAGCAGAAAAAGUCAGAAGAUCGAGAAGCACACGAGAUCAAGCAAUGAGAUCACUCCAAAAAGUUCUGAAGACAAGACAGAACGGAAUGAAACUAGUCCACAUGUGCCUACCAAUGGCAAAGAUGAGGACACUGAUCAAAACCACAUCAAGGGGCAAAGUAAAGUAUCACAAACAGAUGUUCAUAUCAGCGACAAUGCUCCUUCUACUUCGUGGCCAGAAGAUCCAAAUCUUCUAUCUGAUCACGAACUGGAGGAUGAUGAGUUGGCAGAUUCCGGUGAGGACGUCGCACCUAUUUCUGCGUCUCUUACUCAAAGUCCGCUUAGCAGAAGGAAACUGAAGAUGGUAUUUGAUGAGGAUGAUUGA